UCAGCUGUCAGACUUUGGCCACCCUAAAAGUGGAGGUUUUGUUAGCAAACUAACUCGAACUGUUCAACACGCGCCGACUUUAUUUAAAGUUGUGCAUUCAUCUGCUAAUUGAUCUUUGAACGCGCCAGCUGGUGAUUGAAGAACUGAGGUUGCACGAAGACAAACUGUUUAGUUUUAAUCGCUGCUAGUUUUUGCACAAGCCAGCGAUCCUGAGCGGGUGUAAGGCUAGAUGCAGGGAGGGAGGGAGUAAAAAAAGGCAAAAGUCUUUGUGCUUCCCUUCCCCCUCAUCAAAGCAAAGGGGAAAUGUCUCUGUCUAAAGGAGGGAAGAAGAAGAACCCUGGGCUGAAGCUGGCCAAAGAAGUGUUUGCACAGCCCCCCCCAGCAGUAGCAGCGCCCCCUCGAGAUCUUGACUCGAAAGCUUGCGUCACAAUCGGAGACCAGAACUUUGUGGUGAAGGCAGAUGACUUGGAGCAGAUUGAAGAGCUGGGCAGGGGGGCGUACGGCGUGGUGUACAAGAUGAAACAUGUGCCCAGUGGUGUUAUCAUGGCUGUCAAGAGGAUUCGUGCCACCGUCAACACGCUGGAGCAGAAGAGGCUUCUGAUGGACUUGGACAUUUCAAUGAGGACAGUGGACUGCUUCUUCACCGUCACAUUCUACGGUGCCCUCUUCAGAGAGGGGGAUGUCUGGAUCUGCAUGGAGCUGAUGGACACGUCUCUGGAUAAGUUCUAUAAGAUAGUUAUCGAGAAAGGCAAAGACAUCCCAGAGGACAUCCUGGGCAAGAUCACAGUAGCAAUUGUCAAGGCAUUAGAGCAUCUGCACAGUAACCUGUCAGUGAUACACAGAGAUGUGAAGCCCUCCAAUGUUCUGAUCAACACUCAGGGCCAAGUGAAAAUGUGUGACUUCGGCAUCAGUGGCCACCUGGUGGACUCUGUGGCCAAAACAAUGGAUGCAGGCUGCAAGCCCUACAUGGCGCCUGAACGGAUCAACCCCGACCUCAACCAGAAAGGCUACAGUGUCAAGUCAGACAUAUGGAGUCUUGGUAUCACGAUGAUUGAACUGGCCAUAUUGAAAUUCCCCUACGACUCAUGGGGAACCCCGUUCCAGCAGCUCAAACAGGUGGUGGACGAGCCAUCCCCACAGUUGCCUGCCGACCGUUUCUCCCCAGAGAUGGUAGACUUCAUCUCCCAGUGCUUAAGAAAGAAGCCAAAUGAGAGACCAGCUUAUACAGAAUUAAUGCAACAUCCAUUCUUCACCCUGCAUGACUCCAAAGACACAGACGUGGCCAGUUUUGUCAAAGUCAUCCUCGAUGACUGACGGGCUCCCCCCGGGCCCCAGCCCAUCAGGCUAGGCGGGACCUCUUAGCAACCAAACCAAUGGCCUACCUUUUUUUUUCUUUUCUUGUUUUUUUUCAACUCACUGGAAUGACUCUCAUGCACCCACACAAAACAGGCGGGCGACCCAAAGACUGACAGCAGCCCAGCAGCACUGGAGAGAGAGAGAGUGGUGGUAAUAUGAACUCGUACAGUUAAAUCCAACUGGAGAGGUUUAAUUCGCUCCUCCAAGCUUCCUGUUUGUGCAGUAAUUCAACAUGGCAAAUGUGAACGGAACCAGAUUUUGAUUUUUUUGCCCCACUGCCCAUUUUUAUCUCUCUCUUCAGAACGGACAGAGCCAGCCAUCAUUUCUUUGUGACAUAUAUUGUAUGAAAACUUUGAAUUUCAUCUGCAAAAACCAACAGUUAAUGUGUAUGUUGUUGUGUAUCGAAAGCUAUAUUUGCAUAUGCGUUUGUAUGUUUCUCAUUAUACAGAGUUUUGAUACUGUAUAUCAUCAACAAGUGUGAAUUUUACCGGACUACGGCCUUAUUGUCAUAUCACAUCAGCUGAACCGUGCAACAGGGGUCUGUCCUGAGCUGAUUGGUCAGUGCAGGGGCUGCUGUCACAGGCGGGGCAGUGUGAGGCUCCUGAGCUGAGAUAAUGUCCACGGUGACAUUCUGGACGGGAGGCAUUGCAAAUCAUUUCCAAAAUCUAUUACAACGUGAGGCGGGAAUUAAGCGUCCCAUAACAUCUGAUCCGAUUGUGAUCGGGGCAGAGGCCCUUCAUGCAGUGACCCCUCCGUACUCGUCUUUUUCUGGGUAUUAACGAGUCGCUUUCACUGCUGCGAUUGUUUCUACCUGGAAGUAUUCAGGGGUUGCCUAAUCAAGCUCACAGCUUUAUCUCUCUCUCUCUCUGUGCCAUUUUGUAAAUCGUUCUCAUGCAUUACUGCAUUAAUUGUGUGUUUCUCUUUUUUUGGACUUGUUCUGGUCUUGCGUUUUAUAUUUUAUUUCGGCAGCAUUUGAACGCAUCCCUUUGCCUACUGCUCUUAAUUCUGGAGUCAGCAUAGUCUUUUCAUAUGACGCACUUACGUUUUCUUUUUUCAGAGAUAUGCAUUACACAGACAGUAUGUUAGGGGAAUAAUUUAUGUGUUGAAGAUGUAAAUACUAUUUCCUUUUUUAAUGUAACAUGGCACUGUCCUUACCUGGCAGUGCAGAUGAGGAGUGGUUGAUAGUAGUCAGUUUUAAUGCAGUGUGACACGCAUACACACACACAGACACAAAGACACACACACACACACACACACUUGUACUCACGGGGCCGACUGACUAUUAUACACCAAUUUUGGACUGAUGUGCUGUCAGGCUAUAUCCCGCUCAGGUUUCUGUCCUCUCCUUCAUGCAGAGACGACCCCAUUUUCUUUUUCCCCAGGUCAUACUCUUCUCGAGUGCCGGACCGAGAGCCUCUUUUCAGUCAAAGGUGGGCAGCCAUUUUUCUCUUUUGUCUGACCAUACUAUGCAGAGCUUCUUCACCUCGGAUUCACUGCAAGAGGCCCUUGUCUGUGGCAGUUUCCCCACUUCAAGUGUUCAGAGACUGUGAUGGUGGUGAUAGUGAUGAUGACUGUCAUGCUUCUGUUCAUGGCUAGCACUCAUUGCCUCUGGUUUACACUGUAGUGCAACCUUUAUCAAGAGUCAGUGAGCUAGGAGUAUUUAUGAUUGUGAAUAAUAAGGGAAAGCUAGCAACACCACAAAGAAGCUGCUAUUUUAUUUCUUUUUUCCCCCAUUAUGUUUUUCUUUUUAGUCGGCCUUCUUUGGAUUGCCAUUCCCUUGGAGUGUAAACGUUUUGUUUUUACGCUGAUCACAAUGAGAAUGGAACACUUGCUCUACCUCUUCCUCCUUCACUCUAUUUGCCACCUUUUCAUUAGGUGGGACUGACAAACUUGAACUAUGGAAAGACAAAAAAUAAAGGCUUUAUUGUUCAGUA